UCCAAUCACUCUUCAUGAGACUAGAUUAUAGUAUUAAGUAGCAUGUUUUUUGAAUGACUGAUCACACUUUUGUAGUCUAUGAACCCUAAGUAGUAGUUCUUUUUCUUCAACUCAUGACUCUGAAAUAUCUUCUUCUUUUUCCUCAUUAUUGUGAUUGUGGCAUUCUGAAUAUUCAUUAUUCAAACCACAUUUUGAUUGUCGUGUAUGUAGUCUAUUUAACAAACUGAUUACGCAUGAUAAUUAAAAAACAUCAGUUCUUUCCUUCAUUUUCCGACCCAGAACUGUUCCAACAAAAAUCAUUUUGUUGCCCAAAAAUUUCUCCUUGAAAAAUUCUCUCCGUCUCGUCGCCUUUAAUUUCAUCACGAUUAACAGUCGAAAACACCUCCUCGACUUAUUAAAAAACAUACUUUAUCUCACCACUCCCCCUUCCUACUUCCACUCACAAUGUCCACCGAAGUCAUCAGAGAAACCAAGGUUCUCCUCACUCCACAUAACUAUGCCCUUUGGUUACUACCGAUGGAGGCUCGACUUUUCAAAUUGAAUCUGUUGGACAUUGUCGAAAACAAGGUCGAAACUAAAACUGAAGACGACAAGGUAGCAUGGAAUAAGCUAAACAACACCGCUUAUUCUGAAAUUAUUGCUUACAUUGGCCAAGAAGUGCUUGGUUUCGUUAGCUCGGCUCUUCCCUCAACCCCUCGCUUCAACGGUCAGGGACUCUGGAAACUUUUGAAGGCUCAGUACGCCGGUGACGACCUCACAUCUCAAACGACUGCGCUUGAUCAGUUUCUACAUCUCGAUUUUUCAUCGAUCACAUCGUUUAUCCCAUCUGUUCGAUCAGCCAAUCAGAAAAUCACCAUGUCAGGACUUAUCUUGGAUGAUCGUGUCCGAACAAUCCUCAUGCUCAAGAAACUCCCGUCCGAUUAUCGGUCGUUUCGCGACAUUGUUUCGAUGAACUACGGUACCGAGUCCUUCGAAUCUGUCAUCAAAAAACUUGAGAGCUAUGUUGCUCAAAACGAUCUUGAUAAAAAGCCACCCUCAACCUCUUCGAUUCCAAUACAAUCGCUUCUCACUCGACCGAAUGAUCAAGCAUCCUCAAACUCAAACUCGGCCGUUUGCUCUCACUGCAAAAAGCCUGGCCAUCGACCUCACAACUGCUGGGUUAAGUUUCCUGAGAAAGCCCCUCGAACUGAAGCCGCUCACGCUACCCUUCAAGAAAACUACAACCAACUCAAUGACCCGACUGAUUUCACUCAUUUCCGACUAGCCGAUGGUGUCCUUCACCAUGUCGAUGAAAUCAAGUUUGAUGGUGUUAAAUACUUCUAGCCGUCGAUCGAUCUCGCUUUCCUUGAUCUCCUACACCUCAAUAACCUCUCUUAACUCCGUUCAACUCUUCUUCCAUUUCCUACCUCUCUCUUUCAACUCUUCUACACAACUCUCCACAGCGGUCUCAAACACAAAAAGCUAUCAAUCAAUCUCUUGAAACCUUUUAGUUCUUUUAGGUCUGAGUAGCGGAGGGGUGUUGGAAUUUUGCUGUCUUUUCCACUCAUCCCUAAAAUAACCUCUUCAACUGUCUUUCUUUCUCUUUCUAAUCACUCUUCAUGAGACUAGAUUAUAGUAUUAAGUAGC